AUGCUGGCCAUACGGCCACACCUUCAUGUGCGGCGCCAUGCGCUGCAGUUUCUUCGGUUCCAUUCCAAAGUAGUGACUUGCUCGGAGCUUUUGAUCUACGGAGCCAACACUGAUGUGGGGAAGACCGUGGUGAGUGCUGCUUUGUGCCAUUAUUUGAUCACCAGAGGACAUGCGGUGACCUACAUUAAGCCUGUUCAGACAGGCAGUGAGACGGAUGCCGACGCGAUCUCCAGACUCUGCACCGCGGAAGGGCUCAGCAAUAUCGCGUUUGAAACGCUCUUUCACUAUCCCUCGCCAGAAUCUCCAGCCAGUGCGGCUGAGAAAGCUGGAGCCAUCCCUCCCGAAGAUGCAGCCUUCCGCCAAGCCGUCGUCGAAAGCCUGGCCCGCGGAAGCUUGACGGCGCCUCGCUUCCGCUUGGUGGAGACGGCGGGAGGGCCCCUGAGCCCUGGUCCGAACCAUACCUUUCAAGCUGACAUCUAUGCACCUCUUGGCUUGACCAGUCUGCUGGUGGGCGAUGCGCGCCUGGGUGGCAUCUCUGCCACGGUGUGCGCCUAUGAGGCGCUCAAAGCACGAAAGCAAGCUCCUAAGAUGAUCCUCUUUGUGGGCAGUGAAGGGCAGCACAGCAACGCCGUUGCGGUGCAACGAGCCUUGCCUGAGGUGCCGGUGGUCUCUAUCCCACAGGUGCCGCCCCUGAGCGAGCCCUUGACCAACUGGGUGGCCUUGAAGGAUGUGGCUGACGGAAUGUCGCAGGUGCUCAGGGUGAUGAAGGGCGAGAUUCCGGGUGAUGAGGAACAUUUGCAGGGUGCAAAGCAAGAGGUGCAAGUGGAACAUCUUCAGAUUGAUCAGAACCACUUGUGGCACCCUUACACCAGCAUGGUGAAGCCUGGCCGCGUGUGGUCGGUGCGAUCUGCGGAAGGCUGUCUCAUCCAGCUGGAGGAUGGAAGACGUUUGGUGGAUGGCAUGGCGUCGUGGUGGUGCGCCAUCCACGGCUACAAUGUGCCGGAGCUGAAUGCAGCAGCUGCAAAUCAAUUGGGCCAAAUGAGUCAUGUGAUGUUUGGAGGUCUGACCCACCGUCCUGCCACACUUUUGGCCAAACAGUUGCUGGACUGUGCGCCUGAGGGUCUCACACAGGUUUUCCUGUGCGACUCCGGGAGUGUCAGCGUGGAAGUCGCGCUGAAAAUGUCGCUUCAAUACUGGGCCAUGAAAGGAAAGCCGUCCAAAUGUCGUAUUGCGACGGUGCAGCGUGGCUACCAUGGCGACACCUUUGGCGCCAUGUCGGUGUGUGACCCGGUGCGUGGUAUGCAUACGUUAUUCAAAGGAGCUUUAGCUCAGCAGCUCUUUGCAGAGCCUCCGGAGCUAUCGACAGACUGGAGUACUGGCGACGAUGGCUUCUCGAGCAUGGAAAGCCUGCUGAAGGAGCGCCACCAGGAAGUGGCAGCAGUGAUUAUCGAACCGGUGGUUCAAGGUGCUGGGGGAAUGCGUAUCUACAAUCCCUCCUACUUGCAAAAGCUCCGUAAGCUUUGUGAUGAGCUGGACGUGUUGCUGAUUUUUGACGAGAUUGCUACGGGCUUCGGGCGCACUGGGAAGCUUUUCGCUGCGGAGCAUGCCCAGGUGUCGCCGGACAUCAUGUGCAUCGGCAAGGCGCUGACAGGUGGCUACUGCACCCUAGGUGCUGCCAUUGCUUCAGAGAAGGUGAGCCACGGAGUGAGCGGCCCGGACGGACGGCAGCCGCUGAUGCAUGGACCUACCUUCAUGGGAAACCCGUUGGCAUGUUCGAUUGCAGCUGCCAGCAUCCAACUGCUGCUGGAUGGUCCAUGGCAUUCACGUGUGAAGAGCAUCGAGGAGCAGCUUGUCCGGGAGCUACGACCCUUGGCAGCCUAUGCGGAAGUGGAGGACGUCCGUGUGCUGGGUGCCAUUGGAGUGGUGGAGCUGAAGACUGCUCCUGCAGAGCCACAGAAGCUGCAGGCGGCCUUGGUGGAUCAAGGGGUUUGGCUACGACCUUUUGGCCGUACGAUCUACACAAUGCCCCCGUUUGUCAUCUCGUCUGAGGAGCUGAGCCGCAUUUCCGGUGCCAUUGCAUCGGUCUUGGACGAGUUGGAACCCAAGAACUCUGCAGUGCUCAGUGGCCGUGGCGCGUGCGAACUGGAGCUUGGGCAAAAGGUGGAGGCUGCGGUGGAUUUCCGAAAUGCGUUGGUCUCCAACCCCAAGGAUGCCUUCGCACGGGCGUGGUUGGUGAAGGUUCGGGAGGAGAUCCGGGCAGAGGUCGCCAACGGACAAGCCUUAGAUAGUCCAAAGAGGAUCCCACAGACACCGAUGGCUCUACAGCCGCACGUGAAGCCGCCCCGACAAAGGGUCCGACCGGUGCUUCGAGCACCGGCUGAGCUUCCACCAGGGCCAAGAGCGCCUGUGCCCAUCAUCGAAGCCAGCCCGAUCAGUCCAGAACAAGCAGCAACAACUGAGGCCAGUGCUCAUGAGGCCCAGCCUGCCCAGGAGCCUGGUGAGGAUGCUGAAGCCCUGGCCUUUGGCGGCGCUACAGGUAGUGAGGCACCCACCGCUCUGCCGGAAGCACCCGCCGCUGUCGUGCCAGCAGCAUCCACCCAAGAGACCGCAAGGAGGCCGGAAUCUCCUCAGUCCGGAAGCCUCGAAGCUGGCGAAGUGCACAAAGCUCCACCGCCGACCUCAGAUGCACAGGACGCAACCCCGAUCGCAGAGGUGUUCUCCAUUCCUCAGAUGGACCCUACCCAAGAGCCGGCGCCUGUGCGGCGCAGCGCGAGAUUGCAGGCAAAGUUGCAGGCAAAGGCAACAGCUCAUCCACCCGGAGUGAAGCCAAAGGCUAAAGCCAAGACGAAGGCCAAGGCCAAACCCGAUCCACCUGGAGUGAAGCCAAAGGCCAAAGCCAAGCUGAAGGCCGUAGCAAAGGGCAAGGCAAAGGCAAAAGCACGCGUCAUCAAGGAUCUGAGCUGA